AUGAUGUCUCAGAUUCACUCAUGCUCUUUAAUUGCAACGAUAAUAAUUGUUGUUACAACACAAAUCAUUGAAGGAGUAAAUUCCUUUUCAGAAUUUGAUAAGAUAAGCAGUUUACCUCAGCAGCCAAAAGUAGAAUUCCAGCAAUAUGCUGGUUACAUUACAGUUGAUGAAGUGCAGAACAAAGCUUUGUUUUACUACUUUGUUGAAGCAGAAGUUGAACCGGCUUCUAAACCAUUAGUGCUUUGGUUAAAUGGAGGGCCUGGUUGUUCAUCUGUUGGAGCUGGUGCUUUUGUGGAGCAUGGACCAUUCAAACCAACUAAAAAUGGUCUUAUUAAAAAUGAUUACAGUUGGAACAAAGAGGCAAAUAUGUUGUACUUGGAAUCACCAGCUGGUGUUGGUUUCUCCUACUCCACCAAUGAAUCAUUCUAUGACUUUGUCAAUGAUGAAAUGACAGCAAAGGAUAACCUGGUUUUUCUACAACAGUGGUUCACUAAAUUUCAAGAGUACAAAAACAAUGAUUUCUUUAUCACUGGAGAGAGCUAUGCAGGUCACUAUGCACCUCAACUUGCACAACUCAUUCUUCAAACCAAAAGCAAAAUCAAUCUCAAAGGAAUAGCAAUAGGGAAUCCUCUUCUUGAAUUCAACACAGAUUUCAACUCAAGAGCUGAGUUUAUCUGGUCUCAUGGACUGAUAUCAGAUUCAACCUAUGAAGCCUUUACAAAGAUAUGCAACUAUUCCCAAAUUAGAAGACAAUAUCAACAUGGAGCACUUAGUCCCAUUUGUGCAAGAGUGAAUAGACUAGUCUCAACGGAGAUUAGUAGAUAUAUCGAUUCGUAUGAUGUUACUCUUGAUGUCUGUCUUCCAUCCUUAAAUCAACAGGCAUAUAGGCUGACUCAACUGCAAGAGGGAGAUAAGAUAGAUGUUUGUGUGGAAGAUGAAUCAUUCAAAUACUUGAAUAGAAAAGAAGUUCAAGAAGCUCUCCAUGCUAAGCUUGUAGGGAUCAUCACCACAUGGUUCACUUGUAGUGAAGUUCUCAAAUAUGAUAUGCAAAAUCUAGAGAUUCCAACUAUAUCGAUUCUAGGGACACUCGUUAAAUCAGGUGUAAGAGUUCUAGUAUACAGCGGAGAUCAAGAUUCGGUUAUACCUUUAACCGGGACGCGUUCUUUAGUAAAUGGAUUAGCCAAGGACAUUGGGUUGAACACAACAGAGACCUAUAGAGCUUGGUUUAAGGAAAGACAGGUAGGUGGAUGGACACAAGUAUAUGGUAGUAACAUUUUAUCAUUUGCAACCAUAAGAGGAGCAGCUCACGAGGCUCCAUUUUCACAACCAAGGAGAUCAUUGGUGUUGUUUAAGGCAUUUUUGGAAGGAAAAUCACUUCCAACUAUAUAG